AUGCCAUUGCAGACAAGCCCAGGGCGAAAAAGUUUCCGCGCGUUUCCUGCAGCUCAAUGCAGCCCACAGCUUCUUCUGCUACCUGAUCAUCUUUUAAAGCGUAUCCUGCAAGAGAGCGGCUCGGCUGCGAUGUUGCGCCUUGUUUGCAAGGCAUUCUCUGUUGCAGUCGCAAAGAUGACGUCUAGAGUUACGCUGCCACGAAAGGUUAUCGGCACUUUUCCAGAUGCAUAUCAAGUAGUCUUAAACUUUUCCGCUGACGUCCAAGAGGCCAGCAGCCACGAGACUUCAGUGGGAUCUUAUAUGCCGGACGACGCCGACCUGCUGAUCGGCGCCCUGGACGCCCUUGCCAAGCUGCACCAUCCCCUGACGUCGUUGGCGGUGCUGAAUCUGUCCAGCCCCCUGCCGCCUCCGUCCGCGACAACAUUAGCCUACCCCGCCCCGUGCGGUUUGGUAGAGCUGCAGCUGCAAGAUGUGUCUAUCCAAAGAGCCGCCAGCGACGGCGCCACAAACUUGUUGCGCGCCGUCCCGCUGACCUUGCCGGGGCACCUCCGGGGCGCAAUCCUGGCCGACUCCAUCCGGACACGUGGCGCGGCCAUGGUGCAGUUCGCGCGCUCCCUGCCCUCACUGCGGCGGCUGUCCCUAUGCAAUGCCGCAUUCUCAACAUCUGACGUGGCAGCCCUGUCGGCGCUGACGGGUCUUGAGGAGCUUUCGUUGGUCGGUGCAAUGGAAUGCAGCGCGACAUUGGCCCCUGCCUGCCCCGAGGCCGACCAAUCCCAGGCCAAUGCGCAGCGCACAAAGCAGCUGGAAGCGGCAGUUGCUGCCUCCGUCUACAAGCAACUCCUGGCCGCCCUGCCGCGCCUGCGCAGCCUUCAUUUGCCUAUGCCUAUCGCUGCGCAGCUGCGGUGCAGCGCCCUUCAGAUGAGCACAUUUUUCGACAGUGACGACGAUGAUGAUACUAGUGUUCCGGAUGAGAACUUGGGAACCACUUACCCUGGCGGUCAGGGUGACUACUGGGACGUCGUGGGGUCCAGUGGCACCGUUCGCAGUUGCGAAGGCUCGAGCCGCAAUUGUCCGCCUCUGAAUUCCUUCGUAACAGGCGGUUUGGCUUUGGACUCGGGAUGUGAUGGCCGUUGGUCCUUUCCGCCGCACCUUGAGGAGUUGACCAUCCCGCUGUGUUCCCUAAACGGAGCUGUCUUCCGCGCGGCAUGUGAGGUGUACGGCGGCACGGACGACACGUACGGCGGCGGUGGCGGUUGGGGCCCACGACUCGCCCACCGUCGCCUUCGCGCCCUGCACAUCACCUGCGCGCCAGGCUACACGGUGUGGGAGGGGUCCUUCCUGAAUGCUGAAGGUGACUUUGCCGCUUUGGCUCGUUUGGCUCCCUCCCUGGAGUCUCUACACCUCUGUUUGGAGCUGGGGGCCUCGGGCCGAAAUGCACUGCGGAGGGACCGACUGAGGGGGUGCCUGCGCCACCUCAAGGCGCUGAACAAAAUAAAGGACUUGUGCAUUACGGAGACGCAACAACCAACGUGCUUCGCCACACGCAAGAGUGCGGGUGGCAGACUCGAAAUCCUGUCGUACAUGUUGGAGGGGCAAUAUAAAGCUGCUUGGCCGUGCGAUGAUGUGCAGCUGCCGCCGCUGCUGCUGGGAGACUUAGCAUUUUCAUCACGCCCUUGGAGCGGCGGCCUCCCGUUUGCCCUGCGAUCAACACCACCACCUCAUACACCGGCUCCUUAUACCCCACUUUCGUGGCCAUGCGCCAGCCCUGGGCGCGGCCUUGACUCUCUACUGACCCACUGGCCGCUCCUCGAGACGCUAUCGGUGUGUGGCCAGUGCGCGGUCCGCAGCAGUAGUGGUGGCCGCAUCCGACUGGUCGGAGUCGGGGAACAAGAUGGCACGGAAGCUUAG